AUGGAGAACAAGUCAGAGGUGACGGAAUUCAUUCUUGUAGGAUUAACAGAUGUCCCAGCGCUGAGAGUCCCUUUACUGCUGAUCUUUAUCCUCAUUUACUUUGUCACUGUGGUUGGGAACCUCGGGAUGAUCGUCAUAAUUGCUUUAGACCCUCAUCUCCACACGCCCAUGUACUUUUUCCUCAGUCACCUCUCCUUGGCUGACUUUGUUUACGCUUCAUCUGUCACUCCCAAGGUGAUAGCAAGUUUCCUCACGGGAAACAAGAUCAUCUCCUACAAUGACUGUGCCGCCCAGAUGUUCUUCUUUAUAGCCUUGGACAUUAGUGAAAAUUACCUUCUGGCCGCAAUGGCCUUUGAUCGCUACGCAGCAGUGUGUAAACCCCUGCAUUAUACCACCAUCAUGACAAGCACUGUGUGUAACCUCCUGGCCAUUAGUUCCUACGUCUGUGGAUUUGCCAAGUCUUCCGUACACGUCGCCCUCACUUUCCGGCUCUCUUUUUGCCGUUCCAACAUGGUAAAUCACUUUUUCUGUGAUAUUCCCCCAGUACUGGCUCUCUCUUGCUCUGAUAUCCAUACUAAUGAGAUUGUGCUCUUCAUCUUAGCCGCUACGGAUGUUGGUUUUGCUCUCCUUGUUGUCUUAAACUCUUACCUGUUGAUUUUUGUGGCUAUCCUGAGAAUGCGUUCAGCUGAGGGGCGAAAGAAGGCCUAUUCGACCUGUGCUUCCCACCUUGUCACGGUGUCCAUGUUCUACGGGACAGUCAUCUUCAUGUAUCUGCAGCCCAACUCCAACCACUCCAUGAGCACAGACAAAAUAGCAUCCGUGUUCUACACCAUGAUUAUCCCCAUGCUGAACCCUCUGGUCUACAGCCUGAGGAACAAGAAGGUGAAAAGUGCCUUCAAGAAGGUUGCUGAGAGAGUCAAGUCUUCACUUGGGUUAGCCUCUUAG